AUGGCAGCCACCGGGCCCCGGAGCUCCCUGCGCGGAGCCCUCUGCAGACAGCUACUGCUGACCCUUGUGGUCUUCAGUUUUGCUUGUGAAGCUUGCAAAAAGGUGAUAUUUCAUACACCUUCCAAACUAGAGGCAGACAAAGUGGUUGGCAGAGUUAAUUUGAAAGAGUGCCUCGGAUCUGCAGACCGCAUCCAAUCCAGUGAUCCUGAUUUCAGAGUUCUAGAAGAUGGGUCAGUAUACACAGCCCAUGCUGUUGUGUUGUCUGAUGAGAAAAGAUCUUUCACCAUAUGGCUUUCUGACUCAAAGAAACAGACACAGAAAGAGAUUCCUGUGCUCCUGGAACAUCAGAAGAAGGUACUGAGGAAGAGAUACACUAAAGAGACUGUUCUCAGGCGUUCCAAGAGGAGAUGGGCGCCUAUCCCCACCUCAAUGAUGGAGAAUUCCUCGGGCCCUUUCCCUUUGUUCCUUCAACGAGUUCAAUCUGACGCGGAACAGAACUAUACCAUCGUCUACUCAAUAAGUGGGCCUGGAGCUGACCAAGAACCUUUAAAUCUGUUUUCCAUGGACGGAAAAACUGGAAAUCUAUAUUGUACCCAGCCUGUGGAUCGUGAAGAAUAUGAUGUUUUUGAUCUGAUUGUCCGUGCGUCAACUGCAGAUGGGUAUUCAGCAGAAUUACCUCUUCCACUGUCCAUCAGAGUGGAGGAUGACAAUGACAACCGCCCUAUUUUCACAGAAGCAAUUUAUAAUUUUGAAGUUCUAGAAAGCAGUAGAAUUGGUACUACAGUGGGAGUGGUUUGUGCCACGGACAGAGAUGAACCAGACACGAUGCAUACGCGCCUGAAGUAUAGCAUUACGGAGCAGACGCCAAGAUCACCUGGGAAGUUUUCUGUGCAUGCCAGCACAGGUGCAAUCACCACAGUCUAUGUUUUGGACAGAGAGGUUGUAGACAAGUACUCAUUGAAAAUGAAAGUACAAGACAUGGAUGGUCGACCACAUGGAUUGAUGAGUACAGCAACUUGCAUCAUAACAGUAAAAGAUUCAAAUGACAAUUUACCCACUUUCAGACAAAAUGCUUAUGAAACAUCAGUAGAGGAAAAUACGUUCAAUGUGGAAAUCUUACGAAUACCUGUAGAAGAUAAGGAUUUAAUUAACACUUCCAGUUGGAGAGCCAAUUUUACUAUUUUAAACGGCAAUGAAAAUGGACAUUUCAGUAUCAGUACAGACAAAGAAACUAAUGAAGGUGUUCUCUGUGUUGUAAAGGCACUGAAUUACGAAGAAAACCGUCAAGUGGUCCUGGAAAUUGGAGUACGCAAUGAAGCUCCAUUUACUGGAGAUGUGACACGCAUAAUGACAAACAUGAACAGGGCCUCUGUCACAGUUUAUGUGAAGGAUCAGGACGAAGGGCCUGAAUGCAAACCUGCAGUCCAAUAUGUACAGAUUAAAGAAAACUCCCCAGUGGGUUCAAAGAUCAAAGUAUAUAAUGCAUAUGACCCUAAAACUAAAAGUAGCAGUGGUUUAAGGUACAAAUUAUUGUAUGACCCAAAAGGGUGGAUCACCAUUAAUGAAUUUUCGGGCUCAGUCGAAACUUCCAAAAUCUUAGACAGGGAGGCUGCAACUCCCAUAGGUGCCUUGUAUAAUGUUACAGUCCUGGCAAUAGAUAAAGGUGGUAGAUCAUGUACUGGAACCCUUGAAGUUAACAUUGAAGAUGAGAAUGAUAAUCCACCAGAUAUAACUCAAAAUUUUCUAGUAAUUUGCAAAACAAAGAUGGAGUAUGUUGACAUUACAGCUGUUGAUCCUGAUGAGCCCAUCCACGGCGCUCCAUUUUACUUCAGCUUGGCAAACGCUUCUCCAGAAAUUAACAGACUAUGGGGCCUCGUCAGAUUUAAUGAUACAGCUGCCCAUCUUUCAUAUCGGAAAAAUGCCAAAUCUCAAGAAUAUCUUAUUCCUAUUACUGUAAAAGAUAGAGGAAAUCAAUCUAUAACAAAAACCUUGAAAGUGAACCUCUGUGAUUGUACUAAUCAAGGUCAAUGUCGCACCACUGCACCGCGUACAGGAGUGAUACUUGGCAAAUGGGCGAUCCUUGCGAUACUUCUGGGUAUAGCAUUGCUUUUCUCUAUAUUGCUAACUGUAGUAUGUGGAUUUGUUAGUGCCAGAAAUAAAAAAAGUUUUCCUGAAGAUUUGGCACAGCAAAACUUAAUCAUCUCAAACACAGAAGCACCUGGAGACAAUAAGGUGUGUUCUGCCAGUGGGUUUACGACCGAUACAGUCAACAACUCUAGCCAAGGCUUUUGUGGUACUAUGCGAUCAGAAGUCAAAAAUGGCAGGCAGGAAACCAUUGAAAUGGUAAAAGGAGGAAACCAGACCUUGGAAUUGUGCCAGGGGGCCGGGCAUCAUCACACCCUGGGUUCCUCCAGAGGAGGCACCAUGGAGAUGGACCACUCGGAAUGGUACAGUUUCACUCAGCCCCGCCUUGGUGAAAAAUUGCAUCUAUGUAAUCAGGAUGAAGACCACAUGCCAUCUCAAGAUUAUGUUCUUACGUAUAACUAUGAAGGAAGAGGGUCUCCAGCUGGUUCUGUAGGUUGCUGCAGUGAAAAACAGGAAGAAGAUGGCCUUGACUUUUUAAAUAAUUUGGAAACCAAAUUUACUGCCUUAGCAGAAACAUGCACAAAGAAAUAA